CAAAAUGGCAACUACAGAAGUGGAUUUGUAAUUUGAUAUUGAUAAGUAAUUUAAUUGUAGUGAAAUGUGAAAAGAAGCAAUUAUUUUCCUCUUCCCUCGAAUUUUUCUUAUGAAAUGACGCGACUUGCGGAUUAUUUCGUUGUCGUCGGCUAUGAUCACGAGAAAGAAAGGGCAGGGGCAAGUAAUGGAAUUAUUCUGCAACGAUUUCCAGAGAAAGAUUGGUCGGACGCUCCUUUUAUCGAAGGGAUAGAAUGGUUCUGUCAGCCUCAAGGAUGGGCAUUAUCAUCAGAAAGGAUCGAGCCCACAUUUUUCGUCUCCGUCCUGACUGACAUUGAUGCUAAUCGGCAUUACUGUGCCUGUCUUUGCUUCAAUGAAACAGUCUCAAUUACACCCACUAAACCUGUCGAUGAGAUUGAAGAAACGGUUGCAGGAGAACCAACCCCACACCACACUUUAACGUUGAAUUCAAGAUCAAGUAUCAUGUAUGCCCCAAAGUGUCUAGUUUUGGUGUCCUGUCAUGAUUACAUCGAAACUUUUCGUAACUGUUUGGGCAUAAUAUAUACAGUUUUCAUUGAUACUGUCGGCACACCCCUUGAAACCCUCGUCGGGAACAUUCUCGGAUGUGUUCAAGUUCCGCCAGCUGGAGGGCCUCAAGUUCGGUUCAGUAUUGGAGCUGGAGAUCGCCAGGCUCUCCAGCCGCCUCUCUCUCCAACUCUCCCUGUCACCCAUACUUCUGUUCACCUCCUUUUUCAGCAACUAGGUAUACGAAAUAGUUUAGUUUUGUUUUGCGCAAUCAUGACAGAGCACAAGAUCCUGUUCCAGUCACAUAGCUAUACGCGACUGAGUGAAGGCUGCCGAGCUCUCAGUGCUCUUAUGUACCCGUUCCGUUACUCACAUGUCUACAUCCCACUCUUGCCAGCUGCCCUUGUUGAGGUUCUCUCUACACCAACGCCUUUCAUAAUGGGUGUCCACGCCUCCCUGAAAACAGAUGUCUCUGAGCUGAUGGACGUGAUUAUCGCAGACUUGGACGGAGGAAGCAUAAUGGUGCCUGACGGAGUUUCCCUACCACUCCUGCCAGAGCCCAUCCUCUCAUCAACACAGGAGUCCCUUUCGCUGGUUCUGCAGCCAGAGCUUUUCCUGGCUGACCAUGCAUUCCCUCCAUCUGCUCUCCACCGCCCCUCUCACCCAGCAAUUCUUGAUAAAGAGAUUCGGGCCAUUUUCAUGCGAUCUUUCGCUCAACUCCUCCAAGGCUACCGCUCCUGUCUGACCAUCAUCCGCAUCCAUCCUAAACCAGUUAUUACUUUCCAUAAGGCGGCUUUCUUAAGUGAACGAUACCUCUCUGACUGUGAUUUUACAACACGAGUUUUAGACUGCAUGUUUUUUACUGCAUUUGUGACAGAACGUGGGCCACCCUGGCGACCAUGUGAUUGUUGGGAUGAGCUGUAUAGCAACAUUACAGAGCAGUUGAAGAUGGAAAGCCAAGACCAAAGACUAGUCUUAACACAUAUUCAGGAAUUAGCACAACAGCUGCAUCAGAACGAGAAUCCAAACCCUCAACCCUAUGUUCAAAAAAUCUUGAAACCGCCAGAGGGUGCAUUUGCACGAAUUCAUCACCCACCGUUCCCUCGCAUCGAUCCCACCAGAGUACAAACAAUAAUAGAUGAUGGCCAAGCCAGUUAUAAUCUCAAAGCAAGGGGUAGUAGAGGGAAUCUAUUCUGGUUGAGUGCUUUGAAGCCACUCCCCCCAAGAAUUGUACCAACCGGUCUCCACAUAUCAAACGUGAAUGAUUCCAGGAAUAUAGUCAGUAAUUCAGCUCGACGUUUAGAGGUUUUGAAAAAUUGUAUCAACUGCAUUUUUGAAAACAAGAUAUCAGAUGCACGGAAAACAUUCCCAGCUGUUCUGAGGGCCCUCAAAUCACGGACAGCCAGAAUGGCCCUAUGCACAGAACUGGCACAGCACGUUGUUGGGAACAAAGCAAUGCUGGAGCACCAACAGUUCGACCUUGUUGUUAGACUGAUGAAUUGUGCCUUACAAGAUGGUUCACUAAUGGACGAAUUUGGUGUAGCAGCAGCCCUGUUGCCUUUAGCGACAGCUUUUUGUAGGAAAUUAUGUACAGGUGUCAUUCAGUUUGCGUAUACAUGCAUUCAGGAUCACGCAAUAUGGCAGAAUCAGCAGUUUUGGGAAGCGGCUUUUUACCAAGAUGUUCAGAAAGACAUCAAAGCUCUGUAUCUGGAUUCACAAAGCAAGCUCAACCCAGUGACGCCCCUGAGAGAGAGCAAAGACUUUAUUUGGAAGGAUGGUAGAUCUAGUUUUGUAAGAGGACAAGAACCCUCUGCUCUAGAAAUUGCUGCCGAACAAAUGCGGAUACGAAACUCUCUGGACACAGACAAGCAGACAGAACUAGCAAAUAGCGAGGAAAGCACACUUUACAGUCAGGCAAUCCACUUCGCGAAUCGUAUGGUAUACCUUCUUGUUCCUCUCGACAUGGUCUCCAAGAACCACAAACAUGACAAACAUGCUAUAGAUGAUGAAAGAGCCAGCAACAGCAUCACGAAUCGGUCGAGUGUAGCAGAAAGUGAUAGCGGAGACGCAGAGUCUGGCUUUGAGGACCAAGACCCAGGGGAGACAGGCACAGCAGUGAUUCGGCUCGUCUCUCGCUUUGUUGACAAGGUGUGCACUGAGGGAGGCGUUAGCGCCAAUCAUAUUCGGAGUCUGCACCAAAUGAUUCCUGGAGUGGUCCAUAUGCACAUUGAGACCCUGGAAGCAGUCCAGAGAGAGUCCAAGCGCCUCCCUCCCAUCCAAAAACCAAAGAUUUUGUCCCCAAGCAUGUUGCCUGGUGAAGAACCGUUGAUAGAAGGCCUGCGAGUCUAUCUGCUAGCAGAUGGCCGGGAAGAGGGCACUGGUGGGGCCAUCGGUGGACCUCCAUUACUUCCUGCUGAAGGCGCAGUAUUCAUCACCAACUACAGAAUCAUAUUUAAAGGAACUCCAUUAGAUCCAUUUGCCUGCGAGCAAGUAGUUGUUCGGGCUUUUCCUCUUACCUCAUUGACGAAAGAAAAACGUAUCACAGUCCAAUAUUUGGCACACCUUGACCAGUGGCUGCAAGAAGGCCACCAACUACGUUCUUGUACAUUCCAGUUAAUCAAAGUGGCAUUUGACGAAGAAGUUUCUCAAGAGAGUAUCGAAACCUUUAGGAAGCUAAUACAUCGUGUACGACAUCCUCCACAUAUUUUCCACCACUUUGCAUUUACCGGCCAGGUUGUUGUUUCUCAGGCCCCACACCACAAGGAUAAAGAAAAGAAUGCUACACUUAAAGGAUUCGCCAAGAAAACCCUAAUGAAAACAGCACGGAAAGCUGGCUUUAAGCAGAAAACAUCGUCAAAGCGACAAAAGUAUGUCUUGCCAAAUAUGGGAAAUAAUAUCAACCCCAAUAAGUAUUCAACAUCGCCAGGUCGCAUGAGUCUUCCGUUUACUGAUCCAGAUGAUUUGUCAGUCGAUAGUUUCGAGAUGAAUGUGGGAGUAGGAGCAGGUGUGGGUGUACUCCUUCCAUCGCCAACGGAUGCCAAAACUCUUGAACGCAUGUCUGAGAGAAGCUAUGUACGCGACUGGACUCGCCUAGGACUCACUUCUUCCAGCAGUUCUGGCAAAAGCAAGGAUCCGUUCAAAAUCACCACUGUUAACUCGGUUUACAUGAUGUGUCGAAGCUAUCCAGCCCUGUUGGUGAUGCCAACUGGUAUAUCUGAUGAGAAUGUGCGGAGAUUUUGUCGUUGUUACCGAAAUAGUCGUGUGCCUGUCAUCACAUGGCGCCAUCCUCGAACGAGAGCCCUGUUCUUGCGUGGAGCUGGUUAUCACGGUAAAGGUGUGAUCGGAAUGCUCAAGUCCACCCAUCCUGCAUCCACUGGAGUAUCUCACUCAGACUCAAGCUCUUCAGUAGAGCAGGAACGGUACCUGAAUGCCAUCGUCAAUGCAACUCCUUUGUCUGUGCUGAGACAAGGGUCAGCUUGGGGUAUGUCUGACUCAAGCCUAAGCCUCAACUCGCUACUCAUGGCAGCAGAGGAUGCGACCAACACCCUUACACCUGAGGCCUCUCGCCGUUCUUCGCACAACCCAUUCAACAAGGCCAUUGGAACUAUGGGGAUGUUCCCGCGGUCAAGUGGUGGUAAAGGUGGUAAGAACUUUGGUCGGUGGGGCUCCCUAAAAGAUCGCCGCAACAGUUCUGGCCCAUCGGUGGUUGGUCAGAUGCGCACAUCACCCAUCAACCCAGCUCGGCGCUCCGCAGAUUCCGACUCUGGCACUGAGUGCGUCCAGACAUUCCAACGAGCUGCUCUCUAUAUUCUUGGCGAAAAGACCCAGAUGAAAGGGAUCAAGCCGGACGCAGUGCCAAAGAUUGAUAUGAUCCCAGUAGAGUACGCAGACGUGCGACACACAAAAGCAGCAUUCAAGAAGUUGAUGCGAGCCUGUAUCCCUAGCUCGGCAAACCAGAGUCAAGAGCCAGACCACUCUUUCUUCAAGCUCAUUGAGAACUCAGAAUGGCUCCAGCAGAUCCAGAACAUCAUGCAGCUGUCUGGCGCUGUUGUGGAUUUGCUGGAUGUCCAGGGCUCUUCUGUCAUGCUCUGCCUGGAAGACGGUUGGGACAUAACCUGUCAGAUCUCCUCUCUAGCCCAGCUGUGCCUAGAUCCACAUUAUCGCACCUUGGAAGGCUUUCGAACACUGGUGGAUAAAGAAUGGCUUGCCUUCGGGCAUCGUUUUUCUCAUCGCAAUGCUCUAGCUCAAGCCUCACAGGCAUCUGGCUUCGCACCUACGUUCCUUCAAUUCCUAGAUUGCGUGCAUCAAAUCCAAAAUCAGUUUCCUUUAGCCUUUGAGUUCAACGAUUUCUACCUCCGUUUUCUUGCUUAUCAUUCCGUAUCGUGUCGCUUCCGCACAUUUUUGCUGGAUUGUGAGUUGGAGCGGGUGGAGUGUGGGAUCGCUGCUGUGGAAGACAAGCGGGGCUCGUUGACAUCGCACCACAAGGGAGUGGAUACUGGGUCUGAUGACGAAACAAUCUAUCCUGGCGGCAGACUGGCUGGCACACAUGUUGGACCAAAUCUUGGGCAGUCAUUGUUUGAUUACAUUGAAAAGCAGCAUGCACGAUCACCAGUGUUUUUCAACUUCAUGUAUCAGCCAGAUCUUGAUCACCCGGUUUUGCGACCACAGUCGCAUAUGGCAAACCUUGAAGUGUGGCGGUAUUACCUCAGUGAAGAGCUUGCGCAUGGACCCAGUUACGAUUUGGAAAUAAUCCAAAUGGAUUCCCAGCAAGAGGAAGAGGCUGAAGCCGCUGAUGGUGUCACCAAAUCCCAGCGCAAAGUUGUAUCCUUGGGGUAUCAUUCAGUGGAGCGAUCUCUCCCAGAUGCAUUCACCUACAUCCUUGAAGAUAUCCACAAACUAGAGACGGAAUUGGGACACUUACCUCAGAAGUGGAAAAUUCUGUGGGACACACUGGAACUUCCGACAACAGACUCCCUCACGCGACAUGCAUCUUUAAGCACACAGCUGGUUCGCUGGCAUGGUCGUCUGUUGCACAAGCGCUCAACGCUGGAGAUCCUAAUGCGAGGAAAACUUGUCGGCACAAGCAACACUCAAGAAUCAUCUUCGCAUCAGCCAUAUUCUGCUCCUCACCGCUUCGAACGCUACAACUUCACGACUCCAACCUACUGUGAUCAAUGUAACAAUGUACUGUGGGGCCCUGUGAAGACGGGCAUGCGCUGUUGUGAUUGCGGAUACAGCUGUCAUGAGAAGUGUAUUGAGAGUGUCGCCAAGAACUGUACGAAAUACAAGGCUGUCUCAGAUAAUCACUCAAAUGCUAACAGCUCUCGGGCUCAAUGUGAUAGUUCCUCUAUGAAUUCAAGUGUGAAUGUUUUACAAAGCUCAAAUCAGCAGUACUACAAUGACUUUUCUUCGCAUGUUGCUGAGAAUCGAACACAUGAAGGGUACCUGUACAAACGGGGUGCUUUGCUCAAAGGUUGGAAGCAACGGUGGUUUGUUCUAGACUCCAUCAAGCACCAGCUCCGUUACUAUGAUGCCAUGGAAGAUUCUCACUGCAAAGGAUUCAUAGAUCUCGCCGAGGUUCAGUCUGUAAAUAAUGCUCAGGCCGCUCCUGUGCCUCCAAAGAGGACCGAUGAUAAAUCAUUCUUUGAUUUGAAGACUAGUCGUAGAACGUAUAACUUUUGCGCCAGUGACGCAACAACCGCUCAGGAAUGGAUCGAGAAGAUCCAAGCUUGUCUACAGUAGUUAUUUAUUUGCUCAUUGCUCUCUGCUCUCUUUCAAGUUACUCAUGUUACCGUCAUUUAUCUUGUACAUUUGGCUUCAGUCUUUGUUAUGCUUUGCGCCCAAAUGAGUCACUAGUGUUACGCUUCUGCUACUAUUAACUUGUUUUCAAGUCUCCACACCUUGCCAGAAUUUCGCUUCGACUGGGCUCAAGUAUUUAAGUUAGCUUAAUCAAAAUGUUAUUUUUAAAAUUUGAAAGUCAUUGUAUAAUUUUUUUUUUUAUUAUUAUUUAUGGUCAAAUUCCCAAAAUUUUUAGCUUGGUAACAUGACAACUAGAAGAAAUUUAUGUUUCUGCUGGAAUCAGCUUUUUCAAACAUUUACCAAAAGCGACUUUUUGAGGAGUAGAGUAGACACGUAACACAUUCUGUUCCGAUUCUACAUUUUUGUUUUCUUUUUCCUAAUUCUAUUUUUAUAAUUGAAUCACAUAUCUGUAAGUUAUUCCCCUUUUAUAUGACUUUCUUUUCUACUUUAUUACUGAAGGAUUGAAUAUGUACUGCUUUUAUCAAAAAUUGCUUUAGAUAGAAUUGCUUUUUUUUAUGAGUAGGAACACAUAAUUAUUCUAUGAUCCCAAGAAGUAUUCUAGUAGAAACUUGGUAGUUAUUUUUUGCUUUCGAAUUUAAAUAAAUUCCUCUCGUUCUCUUUCUGUAACCGUACAACGAAGACUCCCUAAAAUUACUGCAUAAUGUUUAAUAAGGAAUCUCAAGGCAAAUACUUAAACAAAUCAUCACUUAAAAAAAUUUUUGUCUGUUUAAACCCAUCUCUAAAUUGUUACCGCAAAAUGAUCAGAAGACUAAAAAUCAAAAGACAUGUAAACUUAUAAGAUUCUUUAUGUCAUUGUAAAUUUAUCUCUUAAACAUGCUCGGUAGCUCAUAAACUGGAACUUUAGGGAAGUUUAUCCUAACUAUCUUGCUACAACUUUCAUGCGCUGCUCAAAAUUUUCACUCCAAUAGUUACUUUGAAUAAUAUUAUUGUACUUAACGUUGUCAAAGCUGUAAAAAUUUAGUUCAUCGUAGCAUGUGUUCGUCUUGACAAAGGCAGGCAACUUGAAGCACAAGCAUUUUUUGAAAAAAAAUUCACCUCUCUGAAAGAGGCAACUUGAAGCACAAGCAUUUUUUAAAAAAAUAAACUCACCUCUCUUAAAAAAUUCACCUGCUCCAACGUUCAUUCACUAUUUUUAUAUAAUUUCACAUGCUUCUUUUGCUUUGCGAAGCUAGCAUUUUUAAAAUUUUAUAACUGAGUAGACUUUGUUCAAUUUUUACUCAAUACUUAGUAUGUGAAGUGUUGUGCGUGUAUAGAACUAUUUAAAUGCUACAGUCUAUAGAUUAGCUGCCUUUUGUCUGCCUUUUUUUUAAAAAACUAGGUUCUCUCUAAGUUGCUCAGUCUGGAGGUUCACCCUUAUUUAAGCCCUUAAUUCCUUUCUAUCAAAUAAAUUGAAUAAAUAGACUUCAUUAUUCAGUUUCACUGUCCUCAAGUAUAAAUAUUUUCUUUCUUGCUAUGCAGACACGUAGAAAAGACAAACAGAUAAUGAUGAGAGAAAGAUUACUACUAAAUUGGGGAACAGCAGGAAAAAUUCCAACCUGUUGGGUUUCCGUGUCAGUUUUGAGAGUUCAAGAAAUGAGCCUCCAUUUGUGGAAAAAUUUCCCAAUGAUUUGAAGAAUGAAGAUUUUGUUGGAAGAGUUUAGGGUUUUAAUUUUCAACAGGGAAUAUUGUAUGCAGAGAUUCCAAGUAUGAAUUUAGAAUGUAUCUUCGCAAGUCAUAUCAAGCUGAGCUACUUACCAGAGUUAGACCAAGGACAUAUUGUGAAUUUAGUCGUAAUAAAAUCAAGUUCUUAGUUUUUCCUUGACGUUCGUCCGUUACAUACAAGCAAUUCAUUCAAUUCAAACCAUGUGAAAAAUAGGCCUGUUCCAGACCUUGGUCUGGUAUCCCGACGUAGCCAUGAAUUUGGCCAUUUCUAAAAUACUCAUCUUACUUAACGUCCAGGUCUGCUUCUCAUCGAUCCUUUCUAAGUCCUCAUGUGAAAACUCUAUCAGCAGGCUUAGUAAUAUACUAAUUUCAUGUUACUCAUUAAUGAACGGAUCUUCAAUAAUUUCAAAUUGGAGUACAAGUCUGAUUUGUUGUUUCUUCUAAAAUUAACCCUAAUUUCAAAUAUUUGUAGAGAACCUCAAUAAUUUUUUAAUAUUUUCUUCUAUACAGAAAAAUUUGUCGGUUUUCUGGUUUUUCAAUAAUUACGAGACUCGGUAAUCAUUCUCUGAAGAUGCUAAACUCGAUUUAAUUCUCCAAACUAGAUUUUAAAAUGCUCCUGCUUGAAAUCUCGACUUGAAUUCGCCUCUCUUGCUUAAUUAUCACGUGUAUCAAGCCCAGGGAUUUCAACUCAGUGUGCUUAAGGAGCCUUUACAGAUAUUUGAAAUCUGCGAAAAUUCAAGAAGUGUCUUUCAAUUUUGGCCCAAGUAUUCAGCCCAUACAAUCAAAAUUGUUGAGGAGAGUUAUGUUGUAGAAGCUGGUGCGGCUACGUUGAAACGUAGUCGCACAGUUCGACAAUUUAGAUCCGAUGCUUUAUUUUAUCAAAAGCUCUCUUCUGAAGAAUUGUAAAAUUCUUCCCCUUAUCCUGAGAAUUUCAUUUGUUUCUGAAAUUUGAAAUUACUUUCCUUUCGUUACAAACCCUUGUAAGCGCAGAAGCUUUGAUGUUACUCCUCAGCUGUUGAUUUUCUGUUUGUAAAUAAUUUCCUCUCUGUUGAAUUUUACUUGCAAUUGCUUCCUCAAAUAUUGUUCAAAGUGUAUCUUGCGUAGGCGUUACCAUGAAAUUUUCAUCCAAAUGCAUCGAGGGUCAUGACUUUGGACCGAGUUUAACAGCAGAAUGGAACCGAGAAAUGUAGGUUUGAAGUUUAUUCCUCCACAAGGCUCAACGUUAAGGACAAAGUCCAAGGACUAUUUCCACAUUCAAAAUAUUAUCACUAGACUUUGAAUUUUUGACGGGAGAAACUUUACAGCCGAUAGAAUUAUAAACUAUUCCAGACUCUUUUUUCUAGAAAUGCGACUUGAUAUGUUUCUGUUCUUGGUUCCUCCCAAUCAUUGAAUACGUCCAAGGAACCAUCUCUGCUGUUGUUGUUGCUAAGACUUGGCCCAGAUAUGCUUUAUGUCCAAGUAGAUUUUUUCAUUAUAAUUGAUGAAGCAAUCCAGCGCUGUUCUUUCCUCUAUCCCAUAUGUAAAUUUUUCUCACGUUAAUUUGGUAUCCUAUAAAUAUUUAUCUUGCUGUUUUUUAUCUUGUACAGUCAAUGUUACGUUAGCUUAUCCUUAGCUUGUUGUUAUCCUAUGGGUCUUUUUUGAAAAAUGCACUGAAAAUAUUGGUUUCUGCUCUGCUGGAUCAAGAAUCCUGGUUUGUCAUCAGAAAAUUUGUUGUAAUGCUGCAGCCUAUUUCAUCCCUGUGAGAUUAUCGCAUUUAGAAGAUUUAAAACAAUGUAUCUCUCCUUUAGCACAAGAUGUUUCAAAGCUGUGGUUGUAGGUCAUUUUUCCGUACAAAACAUCCCUAGUUUGCUGAAGAAAAUAUCUUUCCUCCAACUAUCAACUAUUUAAAUUCAUGAAUUGAAUAUGUUUUAUUCUGUACUUUUUUCUCAUGAAAGCUUUAUCUGAAAGUUAUAAUUAUUGCACCCCUUAGGAGUGUGUAGUACAAAUUCUCCAAUGAAAUGAACUAUCAUAUCAAUUUUUUCACAUUAAAACUGCCAGAAAAAAAUAACUUUCAUGUUCCAUUUUUGAACUUUCUAAAAACCAUCUGUACAUCAACAUUUUUUGUAUCAUUGCUCCUCCACUCCCCUCUUAUACGCCUACUAAUUUUCACCCGGGCAUUUGAAAUCAGACGAUAGAAUUGGUUUCUUUUAUUCCUUUUUACUAGUUGCAGUCUCUUCUGGAUCUCAGUUUAAGAAUGUAACUUUAAGUUUUUGAAUUUGUACAUUUUACGUUCGUUGUGAUAUCUGCGGAAAACGCAGAAUUCUAGGCCCUUGCUAGAAAUGUUUAGUGUGUGGAAUAAAAUCGUUUCAAUGCCGUGUUAUUGACUACAAGCCACGUCUGAUUGCCGAAGGCCUUGAAUCUGAGUUGAAGAAAAGUCAUGAUUGUUUCACACAGCUCAAAAAUAGUUUGUCUAGUGUUCUUGUGCCCUAAUCUAGCGUCCUUGUGAUUAACUUUUUACAAAGCAUAAUUAGUAAUUAUUUGUCUAGACUAAAAAAAAUGUUAUCAAAAUUUUUAUGAAAAUUGUAAACGAAAAAAUAAUCUUCAGGCCUAACUAUGUAUUCUGUGGGAAUUUCAUCUUCAGAAAUUUCUGAUGAUACACUUAACCUCACUGAACUUAGUCCACAUCAACUCAAGGGAGCAGCUGGCCAAUCAUUGAAAUUGUUACCCAGAGCUAUAGACAAAAAAGUCAAACGAGAUAUGGAGGGAUCCCAUUGGUGGAAGGAGAUGGUUGCAAUGGACAAAGGAGGUAGGAAUGGACUGCUAACGGCAACCCGCAAGAGACCUGAUAGUCCAUCAUUUCCUCCCUUAGUCUAUAAACCACCCAUUCCAACCAAUAGAAUCGCUCAAUAUUAUCUAUGUCUUCUUUGUUUAUCAAUUUCAAUUAUCAGUCCGCUGGUAGAUUUGGGAUUAGAAUCUGUAAUUGGCAACGCAUAAAUCUCUUAACUUUGUGUAUGCUUAAAGUAUAAUCAAGUAAAUGUUGUGAGUUAUUACUUAAGUUAUACCUGUAGUCUGUUUUGUGUGCAAAAUGUGCUUCCAUUGGCUAUCAGGUCGCUUAGGUAAUUAUCCUCUAUGCUUCUUGGAAAAUUAGCACUCCUAAAAAUUCUCAGCCGCAACCCUCAAUUAUGAACGAAAUUAUGCAACACACAUAGAAUGAUGUGAUUAAUGUUUUUUUCUCCUGAGUGGAAAAGUUUUCAAAUUCAAGUUCAGUCUUUGUCUAAUUAGUUUCACUCUACUCAUUGAAAAUUGUAUCAAGCAAAAAUUAAACCAUUUAAGUAACAUUCUAAAAGUUGCGAUGAAAUGUUUCUGUUACUUGGAAAAUCUCUAUAUCAGUUCACCACCACUUUAGCUGAGAUCUUAAAGAGUAUGAUAAUAGUGAGUGAAUACUGAAGGGUUAUACACUACAUUUUUUUUUUUUUUUUUUUUUUUUUUUUUUUUUUUUUUUUAAGCAAUAGACAUUAUAAGUUAAUUUUACAAGCCAAUUAAGCCAACAGACCGUACGAUUUUAUCCAUCAAUGUUUUCCGCUCAUUCCACAGUCCAUCUUCAAAUUCAGGUAUUAUAAGACGAAAUUCGACCAGUUAUUUCCCGAAGUCUUUGUUUCACCCUAAUUCUUUGAAACUUGAGGCUUGGUUCCUUUCUUUUGAUUAAAUCAAAACCGAAUAUAGUACAGUUGAACGUGUUUUCCAAGUCGCUUGUAUUACAGUCGUAAAAUUUUGUGGUUUUUUUUUGUACGUAGCAAAUUUUGAACUUUAAAUCACAUACGCUAAAAAAAUUGGUGGAAGAAUGUGACAGAAGUGCCGUUACGCCAUUGUUUUGUUGGAAAAUACUCAGCCAAAGAUCGAAAGGCGUAGGAAGUAAGUUUUUGACAGUUCAUAUUUUCUUAAGACGUGUAUGAUGUAAGAUUAUUUAUAUACUGAACUAAUUUUGUUUGUAAUUAAUAAUCAUUUAUACCUGGGAAGAUUUAUAAACAAAAGAAAAUGUUUUCAAAAAUUGAA